CAGCAGAGCCGGCGCGUGCGCUACACGCGUUCGAAAUUCAAAUCCAAGCCCGAUGCGAUCGCGAACGCGACGUUUUGUCUCUUAAUCUUUUUGUUCUAACAAUUUCUUUAAAUGGAAGUAUUGAGGACGCACCUCAUUUCCUAUUGUUGCGAUUCUCUUUUACAUGCUGUGAAUAUGCUUUGUUAGCUUACAAUAGCUGUUAGUUCUACUUUCGGAAAUUUUAAAUGCAAGCAGCCCCUGUGAAUUUAAACGUCGUUCUAUUUGUGAACUUGUCACCGACGGAGGCUGGGAUUUAAAAGAUACUACACAGCUGUGAUGAAAAAUGUAUAAACAAAAGCUGCUACUCUUGAUGUUAGCUUACAGUGCACUAGCUGCAUUGGACGGAUACAGCGCGCAACAAUAUCCGGAUCAGUUCCAUAUACAGACAGACGAAGAUGACGAGAGAUAUUUCCUGUAUCAGACGCACAAUGGCCAAUAUAGGAAAGAGAGGAGGUUAAAAGAUGGCUCUGUUGUAGGAACAACUGGCUGGGUUGGCGCCGAUGGCUACCUUCGGUUACAAGACUACAUAGCUGACGACCAAGGUUACAGAAUAUACAAAUCAAAGACUGUAUAUGUGGGCGAUCGUUCUAUAGGAGAGUCACUGAAAAUAGCCAAAACAGCGCCAACUGACUCUGGAUUUAACAUUACACCGGCGCCGGCUGCACCACACCCUAAUCGGGGAACACCAAGAUUUAGUACCACCACUAAAUCUCCUCUGUCCCCAUCGACGACCUUAGAAACCCCAGAAUAUCCAGACGUGACGGUUUCCUCUACACUAUCACCAUACAUUCCUUCUUCAACGCCUCGAGUCGAAGUAUCACCUAACUCCAUUGAUUCAUCAACAUAUGACUUCAGACCAACGGUUCCCCCCAUAUCAUCGGAAGAAGCGACUUCAUCCCAGAGUCCUUAUGAUUAUGACGGCACCAACACUAACUCAAUUGACGGAUACUACGCCAGUGACAGCACUCCAUACAAACGCUAUGACGUCUUUAAUCCAAAUUCGUAUAGGCACGCUGACGCAGGGCGACAAAGACAAAGGCAGGGUCAAGAAAUUGGUGAUGGCUACACGCCCCAAUUUCCGGGAUACGACGGUGUAGCCUUUGGGCGGAAUGGUUUCCGCUAUUACCUACCAAAACAGUACCACGAAGAGCAAACACGUGACUCAGAUGAGAGAACUGGUAGUUUUGGUUAUGUGGACCCAUUUGGUAUUCGUCGAGUAAUAUAUUACAAUACCGCACCGGGGCAAGGUUUUCAAAUUCGUAAAAAUAAUAGAUAUGUUGGCCAUGAUGCAACACCAUACGAUCCUAGGCCAAUUAACUAAAAUUUUAUUUUGAUCAUGGUAAUAGUUACCACCUCAUAUCAGUAUUUAAUAAAAAUGGUAGAGACAAACACGAUCUUCGAACGAAUUCUUAGCCACUACAUAUAGCUAAGUUAGUCAUAAGAUAAUAUUUUAAUUUAUUAAUAGCUAUUACGUAUUUAUUAAGAGCAGAAAUUGUUUACUUUAUAAAGCAUUUUAACUUAACAAAUUAAUAUGUUGAAUACGAUGCAAGCUGAAUGGUAUGUGUCAACCAAAGAAAUCGUUAAGAUAAAAUUGUACCUUAACUGAUUUUCUUAUUAAGAGUUAUUGAGAAUAAUUUGUCAUUGUAUAUUGUUAAUAUAAUAUAAAUCAAUAUAAUUGUUAUACGAAAAUAAUGACGACUUGUUCCAAUAACACAGAAAUGGUUAUUUUAAGUAUUUGUUGCAUAGUAUUUUCUUUUAACGUAAAUAUACCAUUUAUAAUGUGAUUAUUUAAACUUAAUUGCUUAUAAGUCAUUGUCAUAAGAAAUCAUGUAUUGAUUAGUUAUACAUUAAUAAAUUGUAAAUAACAGGAAUAGCUACUAAUUUGCACAAAACUC